AUGAUUACGCCUGAGUUUGACAUCGAACAGGAUUCGGACACCAUAUCCCUCACAAUUAAAUCGCCGUACACAAGAAUAUCGGAUGCCGAUAUGUACGUCCACGAAAAUGAGUUAAAAUUCUAUUCGAAACCAUACUUCUUGAGAUUGAAUUUGCCGGGUAAUAUACUCUACGACGAGCGCACUGAGACGAAGUACGAUGCGGAUUGCGGAAAGUUUUUCUUCCGUUUCUAUAAAGAAACUCCUGGAGAACACUUUGAGGAUCUGUGCUUGCUAACGAAACUUUUGGCUCCGAAAAUGAAAGCAGGACAAAAAGCUAUCGAAGAAGUCGACGAUAUUCGGGGCGAGGAUCUCGACGAUGAAGACGGUGAUAUCUGGCAGUUCCAUCAAGGAAUCCCUGAGAAUGAAGAAAUAAUCGAUGGGAGACGAUAUGGUUUCAACCGCUCCAAAACAGGAGUGAUGGGCCGAAUGCUAGAAUCAUUUCCACGUGCCUGUGAUAUCAAGGACCCCGAGAAGUCUUCUGUGAGUCAAGCCAGAUCAGAGCGCUUGCGCGAAGAGAACGAGCUUUUCGAUAGCGUUCACUUCUUAUUCGACUACUUGGAGGAAGGUGGACAGCAAGUUCGAAGAGUGAUAGAGACUCAAAUGGAUUAUGAGGCGGACAUAGACUUCACUCCGGAACAGACGGAGGCUCUUCGGAAACUGCCCGCUCGGAACUAUUUGAUGGAUAGAGCGGAGAAGCUCCGUUGCAUAUUGGGUCUUGUCGAUCUAAUGUACGCGUAUGCUUACACGAAUCGGGUCAAUGAAGGCGACUGGAACUCUGAAAGUGGGUGGACUGUUGCCAAGCUCUCAGCGACACUGAGCCAUUUCGAAGAGUUCACAUCCAUGAAGGCUGUCAAGAUAUCCUGUAUCCGACGAACCCUUGUGUUCCCUCUCAUGAGGUCGUACGCCCUCAGCGAGGUCUGCUGGCGGGAUGCCGCAGUCAUCUUCAAGCGCGGACCCAAAUACGUCUUGGCUUGUCUUCUGCAAAUUCAUGAGGCAAUGGAAAUGGAUGCUGACGGUCGGCAUUUGCUCAAUGACCUAUACAUAGAUGAUUACUGUAUCUGGUUGCAACGGCAGUGCAAGCCGAGCCGACUGCAAGACAUCUCAGAGCGAAUGCUGGGAACCGAGGUUCAGAAAGAGGACAUCGGUCUGAACCUCGUGACGCUAGAGAGUAAAAUAGCGCAUCUGAAAGAUUUGGAAAGCUCGGAAAGCUCGGGAGACUCGGAUGAUUCCUCAUCAACGUCGGCCCAGGACAGCGAUGACUACGACACUUGUGAAGAAUGUAGCACUUCAGAGGAAUCAGAUACGACCUCCGAAUCGGAUACCCCAGAAUCCUCGCUAUCAACGAACAGAAAUCUCUGAGCUCGACGGAGAAGUAGAGGAGCGAGACUACGCACACGAAUACCUCUUCAUGAUGCCCCGCGUUCUCGUGGGACGACUUUGCGUACGUUAUAGGGGAUCAUCGAGGGGGAAAUCGACUCCGUGGAAUGAAACUCACGGGAGCGAUUUGUGAAUUUUACAGCUGAACGUUUCAAUAAAUUUUCUACGAGUCAUCUA